UAUCAGGCAUAGGAGUAUCUGGACCCACCCGGGAGUGGCUUAUGUAAUCUCUAGAUUUCUUAGUCUUCUUGCAGAGUCACCACACCUUUUUUAGCUGGUGGGUUUACCUGGGCAGCUAGCAUGAUGCCUGAGUGGAACUCCUUAGGUGCUCUAUGUCAUGGUAGUCCUCUAGGAAAUCAGGUUGUGUGGCCAAGUGCCCUAUUAAGGGUCCAUGGGGACAGUGAAGCAGAAUUGACUCAGCAUUGCUCCACUCUGGAAGGAUGUCCCUGUGCCUCAGUGCACAGCCUUGCACAACUGGCUUGAGUGGGCAUGUGGGCAUGUGGCUGCUUAUCAUUGUCCUUAGUGGUAGCCUAGCCAAGAUGCUUUUCCCAUUUGCUUCCAUAUUUCAUGUUCUCCACCUUUGGUUGUGCUUGGUCUUCUAGAUGAGAGAAGAGGAAGGGGCGGUGUCUUAGGCAUGGGUACCUGGACGUCAGCAACAAGAGUUGGUUGUCAGUUGAGUUGAAAUCACAGGACUCUCUGGUGUCUUGUUUGUUUGCUUGUUUGUUUUCGGAGAGGUGUGGUGUACCUCAUUAUUACUCCGCUUUUUGUCUUGUGUUGUGAAGUCUCUUAAGUAGAGCUGACAUUCAUUUGCUCUUAAGAUUGCAAAACAUCUUGCCAGAAAUAGGCUUUAUUUUGUUGUUGGUCAUAAAACAAUCCGGUGUUGACUCUUUAUGAAUAUCAUAAACUCCUGAACCAAGUAAAUAAUGACUUUUCUCUGGGGGCCAGUAUCAUAGAGGAAAUACCAGGCAACAGCUAGAUGCCACAUGGGAUUUCCAUCAAAUAUUUGCUGCCUUUGCAGCAUCAAGUAGGGGAUGCUUGAGUGACCUGGAUCUAGGUUCUACUCAAGAGCAAGGACAGAAUGGUGGUGGUCUUAGGUGGUGGACCUAGGACUCCAGUGAGCCCUGCACUGACAUUCACAGGUCCUGGGUGACAUCCGAGGGAUCUGAGGUUGGCUUUGUGGAGUAGGACCUGUCACUGACAGACAGACUUGGCUCCCUGACAAACUACUGAAAGCAUGGGUUAUUCCCCUCCUCCUCAUUACCCACGCUCCGCCUCCCUUCUCUUGUUUAGACUAAUCUUUAAAAGUGAUGUAACUUAAAACAGUCCAGUGUGAGUUAAUCUGCAGGGCUAGCUAGUAUCCUGGGAGUAGAGGUGACUAAGAUCUCUUACCUACAGAUUAGAAUAAUGACAAGAUCAAACACUGGGGUUUCUUGCCGACAGGUACAUGGGAACAAUGUUCAAGGCAGGCUAACGGAAUGGGCUUUUCCCCUUCCUCUUCAGGCCUUGUCGAGGAGGACCAUGGCUGAACAACUCCUUCCUCAGGCUUUGUAUUUGAGCAAUAUGCGGAAAGCUGUGAAGAUAAGAGAGAGAACUCCGGAAGAUAUUUUCAAACCUACCAAUGGGAUCAUUCAUCAUUUUAAAACCAUGCACCGAUACACACUGGAGAUGUUUAGAACGUGUCAGUUUUGCCCACAGUUUCGGGAGAUCAUCCACAAGGCACUGAUAGACAGAAGCGUCCAGGCUUCCUUGGAAAGCCAGAAGAAGCUCAAUUGGUGUCGAGAGGUCAGGAAGCUCGUGGCUCUGAAAACCAACGGUGAUGGAAACUGCCUCAUGCAUGCAGCUUGUCAGUACAUGUGGGGUGUUCAGGAUACUGACUUGGUCCUGAGGAAGGCCCUCUGCAACACCCUUAAGGAGACAGACACACGGAACUUUAAAUUCCGCUGGCAGCUGGAAUCUCUGAAGUCUCAGGAAUUUGUGGAAACAGGACUUUGCUACGACACUCGGAACUGGAAUGAUGAAUGGGACAAUUUGGUCAAAAUGGCAUCGGCAGACACCGCCGCAGCCCGAAGUGGACUUCAGUAUAAUUCCCUGGAAGAAAUCCACAUAUUUGUCCUCAGCAACAUCCUCAGGAGACCCAUCAUCGUCAUUUCAGACAAAAUGCUAAGAAGUUUGGAAUCGGGUUCCAAUUUUGCUCCUUUGAAAGUAGGUGGGAUUUACCUGCCUCUCCACUGGCCUGCCCAGGAAUGCUACAGAUACCCCAUCGUCCUUGGCUAUGACAGCCAGCACUUUGUGCCCCUGGUGACCCUGAAGGACAGUGGACCUGAAAUCCGAGCUGUUCCCCUGGUUAACAGAGAUCGGGGAAGAUUUGAAGACUUAAAAGUUCACUUUUUGACAGACCCUGAAAAUGAGAUGAAGGAAAAGCUUCUCAAGGACUACUUGAUUGUGAUGGAGAUCCCGGUACAAGGCUGGGACCAUGGCACGACUCACCUCAUCAAUGCUGCAAAGCUGGAUGAAGCUAAUUUACCCAAAGAAAUAAAUCUGGUAGAUGAUUACUUUGAACUUGUUCAGCAUGAAUACAAGAAAUGGCAGGAAGACAAUGAACAGGGCAGGAGAGGGGCACAUGCACAGAACCCUCCGGAGCCUUCCACGCCCCAGCUGUCACUCAUGGAUGUAAAGUGUGAGACGCCCAACUGUCCUUUCUUUAUGUCCGUGAACACUCAGCCAUUAUGCCACGAAUGCUCAGAGAGGCGCCAAAAGAACCAGAGCAAACUCCCAAAGCUGAACUCGAAGCUGGGCCCUGAAGGAUUCCCAGGCAUGGCACUUGGCACCUCAGCCUGGAGCCCAGAGGAAACAGCUGGAGGACCUCAUUCGGCCCCGCCCACUGCACCCAGCCUUUUUCUGUUCAGCGAGACCACGGCAAUGAAGUGCAGGAGCCCCGGCUGCCCUUUUACAUUGAACGUGCAGCAUAAUGGGUUCUGUGAGCGCUGCCACAAUGCCCAGCAGCUUAAUGCCAGUCACACUGCAGAUCCCGGUAAGUGCCAAGCUUGCCUUCAGGAUGUCACUCGGACGUUUAAUGGCAUCUGCAGUACCUGUUUGAAAAGGACCAAAGCAGAGCCCUCCUCCAGCCUCACUUCCAGCGCCCCUCCCUCCUGUCACCAACGCUCCAAGUCUGACCCCUCACAACUCAUCCAAAGUCUCGCCCCACACUCUUGCCACCGGACUGGAAAUGACGUCCCUUCUGGCUGCCUUUCCCAGGCAGCUCGAACUCCAGGAGACAGGACAGGGACAAGCAAGUGCAGAAAAGCUGGCUGCACGUAUUUUGGGACUCCCGAAAACAAGGGCUUCUGCACGCUGUGUUUCAUCGAAUACAGAGAAAAUAAACAGUUUGUCACUGCGUCUGGGAAAGCGGGUUCCGUGGCCCCCAGGUUCCAGAACAACGUCCCGUGCCUGAGCAGGGAGUGCGGCACCCUCGGGAGCACCAUGUUUGAAGGAUAUUGUCAGAAGUGCUUCAUUGAAGCUCAGAGCCAGAGGCUUCAUGAAGCAAAGAGGACUGAAGAGCAACUGAGAUCCAGCCAGCGCAGAGACAUGCCCCGAACCACACACGGAGCCUCCAGGCCCAAGUGUGCCCGGGCCUCCUGCAAGAACAUCCUGGCCUGUCGCAGUGAGGAACUUUGCAUGGAGUGUCAGCACCUGAGCCAGCGAGUAGGCUCUGUGGCUCACCGGGGCGACCCCACCUCAGAAGAGCCCCCUAAACAGCGCUGCCGGGCCCCCGCCUGCGAUCACUUCGGCAAUGCCAAGUGUAACGGUUACUGCAACGAGUGCUUCCAGUUCAAGCAGAUGUAUGGCUAAGUGCAAGCGAGAGAGAGGGCUGGUCAGCAAGAAGGGGCCUCGAGCUGCCAGGCAGAGUGGUGCUGUACCCCAGAACCCUGAGUGCCACAGGAAGGGGGGGCCCUGGGUCAGUGGCUGCGAGCGUCUUUGAGCAAAGGAAGCGAGAUAAGCCCUUCACCAUGGCCGUGACAUUCAGGUUUGGUAACCAAGACUAUGUCCAGGUAGGCUGAGAGUAGACCCCGUGAGCCGCAAUGCAUGAUGUCAGGUCCAGCCUGAAGCUGUUGCAGCUCAUCUACCAGGAGUCCGGGGAGAUGGACUUCAGACAUGGAAUGCAUGCUAGGACUGGCAAGCAGUUCCUGUGCCCACCUGCCAGGAAACGGGAAGAAAAGCACACGGACAGGUGGAUUGGAGCCUGAGACCACCUGACUGCCCCCACCCCACCCGGAAGCUUUUCUCAGAGAGCCAAAGCUGAAUCCUCAGAGCACCAAGGCCCUCCGCCAGAAGCCUGAGGAAGCUCAGGGAAAAUGACGUGAGGUAGAGCACAUCUGGAGUCCGUGGGCUUCCCUACCCGCCUGCUUGGUUCCCAAGGUUCUGCCGGGAAGCAGAGCCGCACACAGACUGUGACCCUGAGGCUGCUGAAACGGAACGUGUUCACAUGCAGACAAACAAGCUGCUCUUGACUAUGCAUACACCUUUUAGACAGCAGACCGUCUCAGCGGGAAGACACGCCACCACCGGUCAUCGCUGUCUUCCCUUCCAGAGAGAUUAGUUUGCACAGAGGUGUAUAUCAGAGUGUGUACAUAUGUAAUAUACCCUUAUAUUGUGUAUGAGGAAGUCUUUUUUAAACAUUGAAAUGGUGCCCCAGAGGUAGUAGGAAGACUGAAUAAUAAUAACCUAUUUUCUGGUUGUUGUCAGGUUGCCUCUGUGUAUGCAGCUUGUUAACGUGAAUUCAACAAGCUGCCUCCUUAAAGGAAGCCCUUAUCCUACUUUAUUUAUUACGGACUUCAACGUUAUUUAAAUGAAGAUUUUCUUCUGCAGUAUUCUCUUGGAAUAACAUACUUGCUUUCCGCCAUGUUCUGGGAACCUGGCAAAUUCCUGACCUCGGGGUGUGGUGGGCCGGUUGUCUGCCCUCUCUACUCGCUGCCUCCCUAGGGAAGAAGGGAUUGCUUUAUGAAUAAAGCCUGUAGAAGCUUAUGCUUCUUACGACUCCCCAGCUGCACAGGAAGACAUUGUUGUGUGCCUUCUGUAGAUGCUUCCAAGUAUCCUACCUCUUUGGAGAGAAGAUAGGGAUAGAGUGGGGAGGGACACAAAAAUAUGUGGCCUUUCGUGACCUUUGCUUACUGUGUAAAUGCUGUGCCCUUGGGGUUCUGGAUAGGAACCCCAGCCUUGGGACCGCAGAGCCAGUAGCCAUGAGGAUGAGGUCUCUGCCAUCGGCUUCUAGCUUUUCUGAGUGCUUUGCACUUGCCUCUGGAGGGAGAUGCAUUUCUCCAGAGGAAAGAGCUGACAUCGUGAGGUCCAGCCCAGCACCUGAAGAUGUUUGUGAUGUAUAACUCUACAUAGCCUUUUCUCUUCACAUCUGACACUCUUUCCCUGACUUACGUCUUCGUCUUUCUUUUUUCAUUUAGUUCUUUCAAAGUUAAUAACCUAAUAUUUUGUGUCUAUUGAUAUUUUCAUUCUUAAUGUGAAACCAUGAAAUUAUUUAUACUUAUUAUAGAAAGUAUGUGAAAUUUGCACAUUUAGUUGUCUUUCAUAGGAUGGAAUCUACCUUUUUUUGACUUCUUCAGAUUGUCGUAUUAAAGAACUGUAACUUCACAAAAGUCAUUAUUAAAAAAUAAAUUAUUUAAGAACAAA